UUGCAAGACAGUGGUUCAAGGCUAAAAUAGAAAAUCCAUAAUAUUAGAUUAGUAAAAAAUCCUUGUCUUUUAAAGCUUUUUUGUGAUUAGUGGAUAAAAUGCAGAAGCUGUCAUGUUGUAAGUGGUGAUUAGUGUAGUUUAGUUACACCAAAACUAGUAGUGUAACAGAGUAACAGUGUUAAAGAUGGUUUAUGGUGUAUUUGAUGGAGGAAUAUAUUCCUGUGUUAAAUAAUACAGAAAAAAGCUGUGCAGGAUGUCUGUACUUUAUUUUUUAAGAUAUUAUAGAAAUACAUUCAUUGUCCACCUAAUGACGUAUUAUUUGAACCAGGUUAUUCAGGUAAUGCACUGACUGAGCUAAUGAGGGUAAUGAUGAAGGUCUAUUCGUGUAUUUAACCACACAAAAUUAUUGAUAGGAACAAAUCCUUUCAAAAAGGUGGAGCCCGUUUGGAAGAUUUGGGUGUUUAAAUAAACAGUAGACAAUGAUGCUUAGCUAAUGGAAAGAGAAGAUGACUGACCAGCACCCUUUAAAUAUCUAAGCUAUUUUUUUAUUUUUUAUUUUGUAGCUAUGUGAAUGCAGACAGUGUUUUUAGUACGUUUUUUUGUAUUAAGUAUAUUAAGGCUAGAUUUAUUAUACAUUACGUGCUGUACAUAGCACGAGUACUCACGAGACAAUUUAAACGAAAAAAAAAACAUAUAUUAAUAAAUUCAUUGUUCAAAUAAAUUCAAAUGCAUUUGAAUCAUAUUUUUGACGAUUGUAAAUAAAUCUGUCAUAAACGUGCAAAUAAAUGUGUAAUAUAAAAAAUAAGCCCUACAAAAACCAUCAACCUCAAUGAUUGAGUGCUGCGCGCGGUGGUUCAUGGGUAGUGUAGUUUUUACAUCGCCCGCUCAGCGCUAACUGCUUUGAUAAGAACUCAGUUCUAAAACUACAACUCAAAAAAGCUUGCGAGACAAGCUUAAGAAAACACACAAAAAAACUACAUUGAAAACGAUGCCUGUUAUUAAUUGAUCCGAACUGGUUAGUUGUUUCGAAAUAUCGGUGUACAGUUUAGUCGGGGUUAUUUGCUUUUUUGUGGAAAUGUGCUGUAACGAUUAAAAAUACAAAAAAAAAUGUAUUCUAAAUUUAUUAUACUUAUUAUAUCAAUUACCUUAUAUUUAUUUCGCCUUCUGACUGGCACAUGCUCUAAUACGGUGCUUUUAGCCCUUUCGAUAUAAAAAGCGGUACAAAAAAGAAGCCUCAAUGACCGCACAGUGUGUCAUGGGAAAUGUAGUUUUUAAGCACGCCCACUCAGCGCUUACUGUACUGACAGAACUCACUUCUAGAACUACAACUAAAAAUCAAAUGCGAGCCAACCUCAGCAGAACAGACAGAAAGAAAUGACAGCAAAACCGGUCCAUAUUAUUAAAUGAAUCGGAGUUGUUUAUUUCAUUCAGCUUUUAAAAUAUUUGUGUACCGCUCACAGAAAAACAAGUGUGUCGAGUUGUGCUGUGGUAAUACAAAAAUACUAAAUAAUAUGCACUAUUAAAACAAAAAAAAAGCAGCCUUAAUGAUUGAGUGGUGCGCCCUCCGUUCUUCAUGGGUAGUGUAGUUUUUACCACGCCCACUCAGCGCUAACUGCAAUGAUAGAGCUCGCUUCUGGAACUACAAAUCAAAACAGCUUGCGAGACAAGUAAAUAAUUCGACAUUGAAAACGAUGCCUAUUAUUAAAAUUUUAAAAUAUCAGUGUGCGAUAUAAUAUGCGAUAUUAGGUGCAUGCCCCGGUGCUUUUAUCCUAUCGAAAUAAUACGCGCUAAAAAAAAAACAAAAUAGGAGCCACGAUGAUAGAGCGAUGCGCCCUUCGUGCUUCAUGGGUAUUGUAGUUUUUACCACGCCCACUCAGCGCUAACUGCAAUGAUAAGAGCUCGCUUCUGGAACUACAAAUCAAAAAAAGGUUGGGAGCCAAGCUUAGGAAAACACAAGAAAGCGAAAUGACGGUGAAAACGGUGCGUGUUAUUAGUUGAUCCGGGCUGGUUAGUUGUUUGGUAUGUUUUUCAGGUUUCGUAAUAAAGGUAUACCGCUCACAGCAAAGGGAUGAAGCGGUUUGCUCGGGUUUAGCCGCCACACCGAGACGGAGGUUCAAACUUGGCGGCCUCCGCCGAUGUCCCACCAUUCCGUGUGGGCUGUCAGUCGGCAGCUCGCGGUGUGAGUGGAUGAUGCGGCCCAGCCUGUUCCUUUUCCGGUUACACCUGCUCCGAUCCUCCAGGAAGUGCAGCGCCAUAAACCCUAAAGUAAUAAUCCCUCUUCCCCCCGGAGCGCGCAGAGCCGCUGUUUAGCAUGUCGCGGGACCGGGGCAGGCUGUACGCGCGAGCUCUCUGAUGGAGAUAUCGUCGUAGCGCGCGAGGGCACGCGAUUCAUGCACUGUCAGCACCGUCAACUCCCUGCAAGUUGGGGUUAUUGUUUUUCUCUCCUGCUGUAGCCUUUAGGUCUUUGCGGAUCGCCUGCAAUGGGAUGCUGCGGUAGCACGGAGAGGGCAAAACGAGAAUGGAAACCCUUGGAGGACCGAAGCUGCACAGAUUUGCCAUGGUUUCUCCUAUUCACCCUCUUCUGCAUAGGGAUGGGUGCAAUCUGUGGGUACACCAUAGUGACGGGUGGAGCAGCACGGCUGGUGUUUGGAUAUGACAGUUACGGGAACACCUGUGGCCAGCUCAAUGAGGCCAUCGAAGGGGUCAGGCUGAGCGGCCUGGACCAUCGGGACAGAAAAUAUGUAUUCUUCCUGGAUCCCUGCAACAUAGACCUUGUUCAGAGGAAGAUUAAGUCCAUGGCCCUGUGUGUAUCACUGUGUCCCACUGAGGAGAUGAGGACAUAUGCAGACUUACGACGCUUCGCCAUGAGUAACAAUUCUGAGCUCUGCUCCUACGAGCUGGCUGGCCAUAAAUACCCGAGCCUUCCGGAGCGUUUUGACAAGUGUCCCAAACUUCCAGUUCCACAGAGUAAAGCUCUGCCGGUGUUUAACCGUUGCACGCCCGUGGAUAUCUCCUGCUACUCUAAGUUUGCUGAGGCGGUGGUGACGUUUGUCAGUGAUAACACGGUGCUCCACAGGCUGAUUGCUGGGGUGGUGGCCAGUAAAGAGAUCAUUGUUGGGCUUUGUCUGCUAGCGUUAGUGCUCUCCAUGAUCCUGAUGGUGAUUAUUCGAUACAUCUCUGCUGUCCUGGUGUGGAUUCUCACCUUUAUCGUGGUGCUGGGCUCUCUAGGAGGCACCAGCGUUCUGUGGUGGUUAUAUAUAGACCACAGGCUGACUAUGAACGAGACGGUGGUGAAGGAUUUGAAGGAAGUGAAAGAAACAAGUGGAGAAACGAAUGGAGAAACGGAGGCUUCCAAAGACCACAUGCAAGCCCUGCUGGUCUAUGCCAUCUCAGCGACUGUGUUCACGGUGAUCCUGCUGCUGCUGAUGUUGUUUAUGAGGAAGCGUGUGGCUCUGACUAUCGCUCUUUUCCACGUGGCUGGGAAGGUGUUUAUCCACCUGCCUCUGCUCGUGCUGCAGCCUUUCUGCACCUUUCUCGCCCUCUUCCUCUUCUGGGUCUACUGGAUCCUGGUGCUCCUCUUCCUCGGAACAACUGGGAUUCCUGAGAAGAACGAGGAGACGGGACUAACAGAGUUCAGGCUCAGCGGCCCACUGCAGUAUCUCACCUGGUACCAUGCUGUGGGACUAAUCUGGAUCAGUGAAUUCAUCUUGGCGUGUCAACAAAUGACUGUAGCUGGAGCUGUGGUCACGUACUACUUCACCAGAGACAAGAACAAACUCCCUCUGACACCCAUACUGUCGUCAGUGUUGCGUUUGAUGCGUUAUCAUCUGGGAACUGUGGCCAAGGGCUCUUUCAUCAUCACCCUGGUCAAGAUCCCACGACUCAUCCUCAUGUACAUUUAUAACCAACUCAAAGGAAAGGAGAAUGCGUGUGCACGCUGCUUACUGAAGGCAUGUAUUUGCUGCCUGUGGUGUUUGGAGAAGUGCCUCAAUUAUCUGAAUCAGAAUGCGUAUGCAGCGACGGCCAUCAACAGCACCAGUUUCUGCACGUCGGCACGAGAUGCCUUUGUGAUUCUGGUGGAAAAUGCUCUGAGGGUGGCAGCAAUCAACACCGUGGGAGACUUUGUGCUUUUCCUUGGCAAAAUCCUGAUUGUGACGUGCACAGCGUUUGCGGGGGUCCUGGCACUGAACUAUCAGAGGGACUACACGGAGUGGGUGCUGCCGCUCAUCAUCGUCUGUCUGUUCGCCUUCCUGGUGGCCCACUGCUUCCUAUCUAUCUUCGAGAUCGUGGUGGACGUGCUCUUCCUUUGCUUCGCCAUCGACACCAAAUACAACGACGGCACGCCUGGCAGGGAGUUCUACAUGGACAAGGCCCUUAUGGAAUUCGUGGAGAACAGCAGGAAAGCUGUGGCCCCAGCAGAACGGGGGCGGAGCAAGCGGUCCCGUGCCCGCGAGGAGGCGGAGCUGACGGAGAUGAAGGCCAUGGUGAGUGGCCAUGUGGGGGGUGUGGCAGGGCUGGACUGGGACACUCUGCAGGAGUUUCUGCUCUACUACCUGCUGCUGUGUGUGCUGCUGGACUGGGUGGUGUCCCAGCAGGCACUGGCCGUGUGUCUCAGUCAGGACAUGAUCAUCUACCUCUGUGUGUGCCUGCCCACCUCCACGCUCUUCCUGCUGCUCACACUGCUUCAGCAGACGCCUGUCACUGCCGCAUGCUGACUAACACUCGCCAUCCCUCCACGUCAUUCUGCACAUCGCACUAACUGAGUCUGUUUUUCUAUGUGUGGGAUUGUUUUUCAUUUUUUCGUGUUGUCGUGGUUCUUGCCUGUCUUUUUUUAUUCUUUUUUUUCCUUUUCUUCCUGGCUGUCUUGAACCCAAAGUGCAGCUGUGUAAAAAAGGGUCUUUUUUUUCUGUGGCCUUAUCAUCACCAUGUUGCUCUUGGAGAACAGGAUGAGCUUGGCCAUGCAGGGAAUGGAACUGCCAGGCUGGAAAUUCAGAGGGAAUGAACAGGAGGAGGAGGAAGGAGGAGGGAGAGAGGGAGGUUUUAAGAGCUUAGGCAGUGUACACAUUCCCAGCCGCAAUGGCAUUGAGUCACGUUUCAGCCCCAUGGGUGCUAUCAUUAACUGCACUGCUACUGGUUUCUGCACUGGUUGCUAUUGAAUUAAGGGUUAUUGUAAACUGUUUUCAGGGAUUUCUGUAUUAUUUAUUUACUUUUUAAUUUAUUUAGCUUUGUUGUCUUAUUCUCUGGAUCAGAUGCAACACUAGUCCAAAGCAACAAUAGUCCAAAAAUAGCGCUUGUGACUGGAUAUGAAAAUGAUAAUGCUCAGCAGUACAAAUUACUGACAAAUCAAAUCUUUUCUCCUUGUUUACUGUUGGUAUUUAAGUUUAGGGCUGUCACAAUUUUGGUCUCAAGACUGUCCCAGCAUGCCCUCAUUUUUUCAUUUGUUCUGUUUUCUCAUGCUUGUGUUACUAGGGAUGCACAAUGAUAUGGGAAUCAUAUCCAUAUCUCUUCUUAGUUAAGUUUAUCAAACAGGACCUCAAAUAAAUAUGUUUUACAUCAGAAUUUGCAAAGUUUUUUAUGUACAUAUUUGACUAACACGAUUAAUAUAGUACUUAGUACUUAAGAUAAAAUCCAAUAAAAUCUAGAUUAUUAUCACAUUCCUGUCCAAGCCCUCAGCCAAUUUACACCCUCUCCUUAAUUUCAUCCACCUAUUACAAAUGUCCACACUCAUCUAUCAUGCAAUCUGAUAAUCUGUCAGUGAUCUAACAAAUAGCACAAUCAGAAUAUAAUAACUUGAAUAGCACAAUUCUAAAUACAAUGAAUUAUCUUUUACAUAAUUAGUUUAAAAAAAAGGAUAAUUACAAUGUAAAUCCCUGUAUCUGAUUACAAAAAUAAGUACAUUAUAUGCAGAUACAUUUUGUACUCUGCAGAAGAACCUAGCUUGUACAAGGCAACAUCACUGUAUCACUGUAAUUGGCACUUUUACUAUGUGUUCUGCAGGGGCAAGAUAAUCUUUAAUAAAGACAUAAAAAAAUCAUGAAUAAAUGCAGUUACAGGCAUUAUUCCAAGUAAUUUCGGAGAAGUUCCAUAUGUCAAUUCAUCUUGAAAAUUGAUACAAUAUAAAAACGAAUAACGAAUAUUGUGGAAAGAUCAGAAACAGCAUAAAUGAAAAAGUUUUUCUUUUUUGAAGACACAUGUAGAUAUUUCUAUACUUAAUAUCCUCUAUUGGCUCAGAAUUCCCAUAUUUGUGCAUCCCUAUCUGUAACUUUUCUCAUUAUGUCACUUCAUUUUUCCCCCUCACUCAUGAGUGACUUUUUGCAUUCAUGUUUUUCUGGCAUAAAUGUUAUUUCCAGUGUUUAUAUGACAGGGAUGUAAUAAAAUUAAAAUGACUUUUUUCCUCUUAGGCUCCUGGAACAAGUUCAGCUUGACCAAAAGCAGCCCAUGGGACUUUUUAAAGACAUUCCAAAAUGUUUAUUUUUACCAAUGUGUAACAUGUUUACUAUGGUUUCACUCCAGGGAAUACAGUAUUUUAAUAAGAAACUGUAAAAAAAAGAAAUAACAAUGUAAUGAAGCACUUUAUAUUGAAGCGCUGCAUAUUUUAAAAGGCUGAUGCAUUUUUCGUAGUGAUGUCCUUUUUAUAAGACUAAAAAACAAUUGCCAUCUAGUGAAACGCAGUAUUAAUAAUGUCUAGAAUCACUGUUUUUAUUAUGUAAGAUUUUCAUAACAAGCUUUUUGUUCUUUUUUUCUUAAAUGGGUUUCUUGAGGUUUGUUUAGAAACCCUGGUGUCAUGCAGCAAUGAAGAACUUGAUUGAUUGUUUUUUUUUUUUUUUUACGUUCUAACACUGAAGCAUCUGCACAUUUUUGCUCCUGUCUGUUGAUGUUUUAUUAUUCUCAGUCACGUGAUGGGAGUUUAUCUGUGUUUGGGAUGGAAUAUGAGUCUGAGGUCUGUGCUUUAUGCCUCAGUGUUAAGACUGAAGUUCCGACUGAAGAUCUUCAUUUUGACGGAAGCAGAGUCUACUUUUUCAGUGCAUGGAAGAGGAUGGGUUUAUUCUUUUUUCCAGAGGAAGAAGUCUGUGAUUUGAAGCUUUUGAAGAAAGGCUGUUCUUUGAUGGUCUUUGGCCAGUGACAACUGUUCUGCUACUGGGCCUGCUGGUUCUUUCAGGUCUGCUUUGUGCUCAGUUUAAAUUCAGAAAUCAGACUGUGUGUGUGUUCAGUGUUUCAGAGCAAAUGCUGGGGAGAAUUAUGAAUGCUAAUUCUGAGCUGGGGCUGAACAAUAUUUCAGGAAAAUGUGUAGAGUGUCCACAAUUUAAAGCUUCAGUUUUAAACUCAAGCUCAAAGGUAAAUGUUCCUAACAUCACUCAAAUCUAUUUUUUCCUGUCAACACUUGCUUACAUGUCUCUCAACCUGCUUUGACCACAUCUAGGUCUGUAUUGAGGUCACACAGGCUUGUUGUUAUGGUUUAUGGAACAGUAUGACUUUGAGUGCUUCUUAGCAACUUUAGCAGUGUACUGAAAACUAUGACAAUUUGUCUUACGUAAGUGGAAAUUUGUGUAGCCAUUAUUUAUUAUCAAAUCAAAUCUAUUUGUAUAGCGAACGCUCACACGCCUUUUAUGCAACACAUUUGUUUAACUGAUUUUGUCACAAAGCAGCUUUACAGGACAGAGAAUCAGACAAAACCCUGAAUGUUCAAUACAGAACUCCCAGUGACCUCUGAGGUUGAAAAUAUGAUAUGUUAAAAAUAUACACUCUUUGUGUGCUUGAUUAAUUUGUGAACUUGUCUGUUUUGUUUAAAACUGAACAAUGUGCACUCAGGAAAUUACCAAGAACUUACUUUAUUGGAAAUCUACAUUUAAAGUCCAGGUAUACAAUAAGGUACGUCCUCAGAGUGUCUUUCGCUCAGAUUUACACAAAACAUUUUCAGACCCACAACUCUACCUAUUACAAAUGAAAGUGAAAUAACAGACACACAAACAAAGUACUUAUAUGCAAACCUGUUCACCUUAUAAUCAUAAGGAGGUUAGCUCAGGUCAUAUAAGACCAGCUUCCUAUUUCUUUGAAUGGGAUGAGACCAACAUACUGAAAACUAAAUGUCACAUUACAAUUUGUGAUGUACCAUUAUGUCACUGAUAAGAUCUAAAUAAAAACGAAUAGAUAGUUUGUAGCAUAUGACUCAAUAAUGCAUAAAUAUGUUUUUUGGGUUGUUAUGGUUGUUAUCUCCUCAUCAAAGUGAGAUUUCCCUUCUAGCGCAAGUUGCAAACUGAUUGGCUCUUUCUGCUCCAUAAACAGACAACAUGUUGAGCAUUAUAAACACUCCAAACCAUAUUUAAAAAAUAAUUAUGUUACUGUGUUAGUGAUCCCUGAUUGGCCUGGAGUUAAACUUUUUUAAUUAAGUGUUUCUGUUGGAUAAAGUGGAUCCCUUGAAUCAGAAACCCAAACACAGGUCAGAUAUGGGUGUUGUGAAGGCUGAUGUUGAAGUACUGGAGUGAAAUAUUGUGCAGCCCUGACCAGCAUUCAGUCUCUGAGACUCUGAGAUGCAUACAGCUCUUUAUUCAGUUGAGCUGGAAACACUCACAGGCCUUUAGGCAUCACACCAAGCGUGUAUGGGCGUGUAUUCAUCCACAGGCUGAAGUAGAGCUGUGCAUGUUUCUACUGACACGAGUUCUACAGAACUGAUUACAGCAUGAACACAGGCCCGGCACCUGCUUUCUUGAUUGUUUUGAAGCACAAUUGAUUGUUUUUUUUUUGUUUUUUUACCUCACAAAAUGCUAAACACUACAGUGCUAUUUUGGGACGCCAGGCUCUGCCCUCUCCUCAAGUGCAGUGUAGGAUUUCUUUGCGAGGGCUAUUUCUUCAGGUCCUUCUCUCUUCAGAGCGCUUGGUUAGCAUUUCUGCGAAGAAAAUGUUUUUUUUCUGCAUGUGAACUAAGCUUUUCUUUUUUUGUGUGUAUGUGUAGAAAGUGGAAAUAGUACUAACAUGGGUUAGGUAAUGGUUCUCUUUCUCACACUGCAUCCUGUGGAGAGUCCAGCAGCUUUGAAGUCACUGUGUGGUGUGUGAGCGUCCACUUUUACAUCUGCAGCAAACUCUCGAGUCUUCCUAUUUGCACUACAUUUCUCCAGAGAAGGUGUUUUUUUUUUUUUUUUUUUUUUUUUUUUUUUUUCCAGUUUUCGGUUUUUGUGAGGCACCCUGUGAUCCUGAGUGAGGGGGAGAGGAGAGGCACACAAAAUAAACCUCGCAUCUUGCCUUAACUCAUCCAGCGGGCAGCGCCCCCUACUGGAUUUUAAUUGGUUAGUUACAGUGCAGUAUACUUUCCCCCACGACAUUCAACCGUGACAAAGCUUCUGAGCCUUAAACCAGACCUAAUGUUCUAUAACGCAUCCUGGACAGUAGUAUCUUGUCACCUGGAUAGGACAGGAGCAGCUACGAGAAAGAGUUCAUGUUUAUUUAAAGCACUUGAAUUAGAGGAACUGAUUUUUAACUUGCUACCUUUUUUGUCAUUUUGUUCUAUAUAAAAAAGAGUUUUUCACAAAAGGAACUGCCUUCCAUUCAAGGAAUUUGGUCAUCAUUACCUGUCUUCAUACUUCAACUUGAACAGGAAAGAAAAAUUUGUGUAAAGAUGAGCUUCCUGGAUAAAUGCUUAGCCUCUCGUCUUAAAAACAGCACCAACCCUGUCAGGUAAACAUUACACCUCUCUCUUGAGUAUGGAACAAUUUGAGAACCAGCUUUAAAAGUUCAACACCUAACACUGCAUAUUAAUAAGAGAACAAUAUAGCCUGAUAUUUAUGAAUCAAGUUUGUCAGUUUAAUAUGCAUACUUAUAUAAAUGAAUUACUCUAGAUGCAUUCCUGUGUUUGAGGGCUAUUUAGCCAUUUUCCCUGAUAUUUAGUGGUUGUCCACUAUAAAAUUUAGCUUCUAGAAAUUACAAAACUAUAAUGAUUCAGCUCAUAAAAAGAAUUCAAUUUAACAAUCAGCUGCUGUGAAAAUGAUCAUGUGUGAUAUUUCUUUGUAAUAAGUUCCCAUGAGUCUAUCAGUCACUGCCUGUGUUUUUACCAUUGUUAGCUACAUAUUACUUACCCAAAUCUUUACUUUAGUAAGCUGUCUAAGUGAUAGGCUUUACAUGACCAAUUAGGUAGAUUAAUGUUUGUCACUCAAACAGUGACACAAUAUACAUUUUUACAGUGCUUAUGUACUCUCAGGAGGUUGGUGUGGUCUCUUCCUGACUAGACUGUAUUAUAAGUAAGAUUUGCUGUAAAUUAAGUGAAAUGAAAUAAUAAUUGCACAUAUUUGUUCUUAGACACAUAAUUAUACAAGAUUUCUAUAAGUUUUUCCUUAAGGCAUCAUUUAUUUAACUAAUUUAACCCUCUAGAGUCCCCUUUUGUUUACUACAUUGCUGUUGCUGUAAUCAUCAUUAGUUUUACUGACCCCAAAAUCUGAUUAACCAGCUACCAAACCACAUUCACAAUAGAUUGUGAAAAGACCUGAAUAGUAAGGGUGUACUUAGAGUGUAAAUGGUUAAGGUAAGAUAAGCUGUUGAUACAUUACUUGUGUGAGAUAUGGGCAGUGCUGGCCAAACAUUGGGACGCAGUUUCUUUUGUGUGGAAUUCUCAUAAAUGAGAACAUGUAAAGGAAAAUUUCAGUGGGAGCAGAAGGAGGUGAAUAUGAUGUUGUGAGGUAUGCAGUUUUUUUAUGUACAGUGUAUAUGAACAUGUUAUGAUACAUGUUGGACUGAUAAUAACAAUGUUGAAAAUUGUAUUUUUUGACAAGGGACCUGAACGUGUAUUGUGGAUUUCUGUUGAUUUGUCAUUGUCUCACAUCAGGAGGGAGGGGGAUGUGUUGUAGGCUUGAAACACUUGGAAAAUGUGAAAAACUGGAAAAAAAAAUAGAUUGAAUCGAGUAAAAAAAUGAUCAGAUUUAACGUUGCCACACUAGUCUUAUGCUCAAAGCAUGUUAAGAAUUGCACUAAGAUGGUAUUAAUGUUAACACAGGUAUGUAUUGAUGAUACCUGUAAUAAUGAUAGAUAUAUAUACAGUAGAUACAUAUAUUUUAAAUUGUCUUAUAGUAGAUUCAGCUAUUUGAUUGAAGUGUUUGAUGAAGGUUUUAGGGAGGGGGUUCCUUCUGAUUUGUCUGUAAAUGCUUGAGACUAAUGCAGUUAGUAGAGGUUUUCUGUAGUUCUUACUGAUUCUGCUCCAGUUGUGGAGGAUCUGGGUUGGAAAGACUGGUCCCAGAUCAGUGUGGAGGAGCAUCUUCUGCAGCCUGAGGCAGUGCUGAGUAAUGGCAGCGACCCGCUCGCCACUCCAGCCCCCCACCCACCUUGUUUUUUGCCAAAUGUGUGCACAAUGGGAAAUUCACACAACGUGCACAAAAGCUGUAUUGUGCUAACUGGUUGAAAACCAGUUUGUUAUUGUUUUGGUAUUUGGUCGGGUCCUUGUAUUUUUUUUUCUCCCAUUUUCUCACUAUCUCUCUCUCGCUCUCUCUCUCUCUCCCUCUCUCCCUUUCUCCCUUUCUCUCUAGUCCCUCAGUCAGCCUGGCAGCUGAGCAGCUGCUGUGUGGCAGGGCCUGGCCUGUCACUGUCCAUUAGAGAGAUGUAGAAAAGCUCUGCUUAGAGCAAGAGCCAAGCUAGCAAUUCCCAUAGCCUCCACACACCACACACACACUCUUACACGCACAUAUGCAUAUGCAUACACAUGCACAUACACAUAAACACACACACACAGAUAUGACCUGCAUGCUCCCGGUCUGAGCUUUUUCUAACUCUUUAAAACAAAAGAGCCAUUUUUGUAGGAUGUGAAUUGUUCGCCAUUAGAAUCCAUGUGACUUAAACACUGACUUUAACUUCUAGAACAAUAGCUUUAUUCAGCGACAAGCCACUGUUUUCAUUUAAAAGGUUUGUUUUUUUUUCUUCUUCUUACCCGAGAUGUGAGUCGACCUCCUCAUUACUUCAUUACUGGAAACUGUGCUUCUAUUCUCGUCUCAUGUGGGGAAUAGGCCAUUUCUGUCUAAAGAUACUGUUAUGAAUUGGCAAUACAUCAGUUUACUCGUCUGGUGUAACACUAGCUCUUAGCUUUUACCUGCAGUACAGUUGUUUGUAACAAUGAACUAAGUUUUUGUUUGCGUUCUGUUUUUUAUAUUUAUGAUUUCGUAUGUAUCUUGUUUUUUAAAGUAAUAAAAUGGAAAAUUUUAAA